AUGGGGAUAGGAAGGCAGUGGGCUGGUAGCGGAUUGUAUGCCGAUUUUUGCUCUGAGGGAGAAUUGCAAGAAAAUGGCGCAUACCUCGGCACGGCCUUCACGGCAAGGGAUUUGAUGCAAAUUGUGGAUGCAGUCACGGACGAUGGUCUGCUGAAGUAUUGGGGUUUCUCAUACGGCACCGCGUUGGGAUCCACUGUUGCUGCGAUGUUCCCAGACCGGGUGGAUAAGAUGAUCCUAGAUGGUGUUAUGAAUCCACACCAGUACUUCAAUUCAUAUGACACGGAAUUGUGGGCAGAUUCAGACAAGGUCUUUUCUAGCUUUUUCCAGCAGUGCCUCAAGACACCAGAACAAUGUGCCCUCGCUAGCCGAAACCAAACAGCCGAACAGCUUGAGGAAAGCAUCUACCAGCUUCUGGAUGACUUGAAACGCGAGCCUAUCGUCUAUGAGCACUCCAUCAUUGACCACAGCUAUAUGAAAACUUACAUUCGAUUCGCUCUCUACGGGCCUAGCUCCUAUCCCAGCCUGGCCGCUGCCUUCAACUUCAUAUUAAAUGGAAAUGUCACAGGGUUCAAGGAGCUGGCCGACGCCCGAGUGGGUAGUUUAUUGGCGGCCGGAAUGGCGGGCGAUGACGCGGCAUUCGCCAUUCCCUGCGCUGACAAGAAAACCGGAAAGCAUGCCCUGGACGAGAUAAUGCCUGAUAUUAAUACCUUAUCACAGACGAGCAAACUACUUGGUGAAGUCGGAAACGCCAUUGCCAUGACCUGCACCCAGUGGAAGUUCGACGCCAAAGAACGCUACGAGGGAAACUUCGAGUCGAAGACAAAGAAUCCCAUUAUGGUCAUCGGCAAUACUUAUGACUCUGCCACUCCACUUCGGUCGGCACAGAAUAUCAGUGCUAGCUUCGAGGGCAGUGUUCUGCUGGAGCAUGGUGGCUGGGGGCACGCUACUUUGGCUCACGGGUCUUCAUGCACGUCGAGUAUUAUCAGGGAUUACUGGACGAACGGUACCCUUCCUGCUGUUGGAACAAAGUGCGAACCAGAUUAUCCCCCUUUCGAAUCUGGCUCAUUGGAAGAUGUUCUGGUUAACAUUGGCUUCCUUGAUAAGAAAUAA